AGAUGCUCUAAUCUCAGAUCUGCCAUUAAAAGCGUUUAUUGCUUUCCCAUUCGCGUGCGCAGUGCGUGCGGGACACGCGCCUGCGCUGGAACAAUUCUGGUUGCUGAGCUCUUUCUUGCGCGUUGCAGGUGAUGGAGCCCUAGUCUGAAUUUGUUGUCUGGCAGUGGUGAAUAGCCCCAAAUGUGGGUUUUUGAGCUAUUCCUACCCACUUCAUUAAUGAGCUGCAAACCAAAGGUUGCGCAUCAAGUACCGAGGGAAGCUAUGAUAUCACUGAGAGCGUCGAAGACUGACUUUCCGGCGGAGGUUCUGAGGAAAUAAAGUUAUGGCCGGAAAAUGUGAAGGGCCGGCGAUCGGAAUCGACUUGGGAACGACGUACUCGAGCGUCGGAGUGUGGCGACACAACCGUGUAGAGAUUAUAGCGAAUGACCACGGGAACAAAAAGACGCCGUCCUGCCUGGCGUUCACGGACGCCGGCCUUCUCAUUGGCGAGGACGCUAAGAACACAGUUUCCCUGAACCCAAUUAACACUGUCGUUGGUACGCUCCUUUCCUUGGUGCUUAUAUUAUUUUUGUUUUACUUUAUUAUAGCAACAUUUCUACCAUAUUUAGCUAAUUUGAAGGUCUGGGGAUUUUAGGCUUUAUGCUGUAUUGAUUGAGAGAGUAACAGAAAAAGACUUGUUCCGUAUACUGCAUUGCUAUUGAUUCUGGCAGUUUCUUCAUGGAACCUAACUGUGAUUUCAAAUCUGCCUUAUUUGAAUUACUUUAGAUGCUAAGCGUUUGAUAGGGAGGAGAUUCAGCGAUCCCUUAGUACAGAGUGAUAUUAAGCUGUGGCCUUUCAAGGUGAUUGCCACACCUGGUGACAAACCUAGGAUUGUAGUCAAAUACAAGGGUGAGGAGAAGCAGUUUUCUGUCAGGGAAAUCACUUCCAUGGUUAUAACAAAGAUGAAGGAGAUUGCAGAGGCUUAUCUGGGAACCUCAAUCAAGAAUGUGGUGAUCACUGUCCCUGCACACUUCAAUGACUCCCAAAGAUGGGCCACUAAGAAUGCCGGAGUCAUCUCUGGCCUCAAUGUUAUGCGUAUCAUCAACGAACCCACCGCAGCUGCAAUUGCAUAUGGUCUGGAUAAGAAAGCAAGCAGCUCGGGCGAGAAGAACGUCCUCAUCUUCGACCUCGGCGGUGGUACUUUUGAUGUCUCUCUUAUCACGAUAGAAGAGUUAAUCUUUGAGGUCAAGGCCACUGCAGGUGACACUCAUUUGGGAGGUGAAGACUUCGACAACAGACUGGUGGACCACUUUGUUCUUGAGUUCAAGAGUAAACACGAGAAGGAUAUCAGUGGAAACCCUAGGGCAUUGAGGAGACUGAGGACAGCGUGUGAGAGGGCAAAGAGGAAUUUGUCCUGCGCUUCUCAGACCACCAUUGAACUUGAUUCUUUGUUUGAGGGUAUUGAUUUUUACCCAACCAUUACGAGGGCACAGUUUGAGGAGUUGAACAUGGAUUUGUUCAGGAAGUGUAUCGGAUCAGUUGAUAAGUGUCUGAGAGAUGCGAAGAUGCAUAAGAGGAAUGUCCAUGAUGUUGUCCUUGUGGGCGGAUCUACUAGGAUCCCCGUGAUUCAACAGUUGUUGCAGGAUUUCUUCACUGGGAAGGUAUUAUGCAAAAGCAUCAACCCUGAUGAAGCGGUUGCAUAUGGUGCCGCGGUGCAUGCUGCAAUGUUAGGCGGAGAAGGUGUCUGGGAGGUUCAAGAUUUGUGCGUGUUGGAUGUCACUCCACUGUCUCUAUGUGUGAAGAAGACUGGUGAUUUUCUGAAAGUUCUGAUCCCGGGGAACACAAUCGUCCCCAUCACUAAAGAGCAUAUUGUCCACACUAAGUCAGACAACCAGCGUGGCAUGCUGAUCCAGGUCUACGAGGGGGACAAGGCCAUGACAGAGGACAAAAAUUUGUUGGGCAAAUUCGUGCUGUCGGGCAUUCCACCAGCCCCAAAGGGUGUCGCGCGGAUCUCUGUCCGCUUUGACUUUGAUGCUAACGGUAUUCUAAACAUCUCUGCAGAAGACAAAACGGAAGGACAUAUGGGUAAGAUCACCCUCAACAAAGUUAAGGGAAGGCUCUCCAUGGAUGAAAUGGACAGAAUGGCGCCAGACUCAUUCAAGUGCACAGCUUCGAGUGUCAAAACGUCCUAGACCAGAGGAGGCUGUCAAUUCCUCGGUACUCCAAGGUGAGGUAGAUAUCGAGGAGUUCACUAAGAGAUGGCUUCCCCCACAGGACCAGCAACUGUUAGGGACUCUCAAGCUCCCCACUUUAGAGGAAGGCGUAAUGCGCCGCUGUUUGAGGCAUUGUUCCGCCGUUUUGUGGAAUUAUCUCAAAGGACCAAUCGGGAGAUGAUCCUCCAGAAAAGGGUUGUCGACCUGGAGAGGGAAAACAAAGGCCUUUUAGACAAGAUGGAGGAGUACAAGAAGCAGAUGGAGAAGUGGAAUGAGAAGGCUCAGACCUCUUCCAUUGAGGCUGUGAGGGCCUUCAAAAUGUCCCAGGAGUAUGCCCAAGCCAUCAACAAAGCGGCGAAGGCUCGAAUGAAAGAAAUUGUAUUUGAGUGGCUAGAGACUGAAGAGGGCCGGGAGAAGAGCUCGGGACAAAGUCCACCUCCCACUCAUAACUGAUAUAAUAAUAUCUUACAACUAAACGGAAUACAUUAUUUAAUGCAAGAACUAGCGGUUUAGACAGACGUGGAAAGAUGCGCAUGUGACUCACAGUGAUUACCUUUGAUCAAAAGGUGAUGUCAUAUUUCGUGAAAUAUGAUCUUGUCAUGUUUGCAUCUUGUAAGACUAGUCUUUGUGUACCUGUAACUUGGUCCUUUAUGACACAUGCAUUUCUUGAGAGUAGUCUUUUUAUACCUAUUUCAUGGUCCUUUACCACCUAUUCAUUUUGCAAAACUAAUAUAUUUUACACGUAAGCAUUUCAUAAGACUAGUCUUUUUGCCACAUAUGCAUCUUGUAAGACUAGUCUCUUAUCUUAUGUAUUUAUCCUUUUACUAUAUAAAUACUCCCUCCAUCCCGUAAAAUUCUUCCCGCUUGCCUCUUUGGGAUGUCCCAAAAAAAUUCCCAUUUCCCUUUUUGAAAAGUUUUGUGUGGCUAACAUUCAAAAAAAUUCCCAUUUCCCUUUUCUUACUCAAUUACAACCAUACAUUUCCACUUUAUUUCCACUUUCUUAAACUCCGAUCCAAGUCAAACCAGGAAGAAUUUUAUGGGAUUGAGGGAGUAUAUAUAUUAAGCUGGAUAAUUUGGACAUUAUCUGCUUAAGAGGCAACUGAAGUUACAGUUUCUUUAUGACCUCACCAAAACCGGUAGCAUUUACUGAAACGACGAUGAUCUGUCUGAAUGUAAGAAUGUUAUUGAUUAUCAUAUCAUAUUGCAUCACAAACAACGGAUACCAUAUUUCCAUGAAUUUUAAGGCUUUUGUUUUACAAGGAAAGGGUGUGGUUUGCCUCAUUGCUGAAAGAAGCCUCACAGCUAUUGCUGAGGCAAUAUCAUUCUUAACAUAAGCUGCCAGGGGAGAACCCAGAAGCUGAGAUGCAGCGUUCAGAGCUCCCAUGGUCGCACUAUAGAAAUUCGAACACUGAAAGUAAGCUACAAGGUUAGGAUCAUUUGGCUGGUUCAUAAAACUCUUGAUUUUAUCGCUCAUUCCCAAUGCAUUGUUGGCUGCUUGCUAGACUGCGGUUCAGAGAAGUUGUUUUGACAAUUUGGAAGCACCUGCGACCAGAACAUGAAUGCAGAAACUUGGGUCUAUGGUUUUAGCACACAGAGCUUGUAUGGUUUGUUUACCUGUGUAUGGAUUCACAAAGAAGAAGAAAAGGCUUAGGAAUAUCAGAGAGGUUAUACAUAUUGCAAAGUUGGCCAUUGUUUUAGUAGGGAUCUUGACUUUUGAGAUUUAACAUUAUUUAGUGUCAAAGUAGGAUGAAUUUAAGUUUGUGAUAGAGAUUCGCCCAAAUACGGAAGUUGUUUCACUUCCUUUAUGGAAUGAUUAUCUGCCGUUUUCUGCUUCUUGUAACAGUUUUACCACAUCAGUAAUAAAUACUCCAUCCGUAUCAAAUUAAUUGACCCGUUUGCUUUUCACGCAGUUUAAGACAAUUACUGUAGACUUUAUUAAAAGUAAGAGGUUUUUGAUACUGUAGCGACAUGUAGCGGUACUGUAGCAGUACUGUAGCUGCUUUUUGAGUGGGAUUCUUUCCAAAAAGGGAAAGAGGUCAAUUAAAUUGAUACACCAAAAAAGGAAAGUGGGUCAAGUAAUUUGAUACGGAGGGAGUACGUAGUAAUUUAUUUUUUCGUUUAAUUUAUAUUUUUGGUUAACAAUGGGAACCCACUGUUGACUCAAUAAGAUGGGCGGGCGCAUCGGAUCUUGCGUAACAAGUUAGCUUGUAUCUAAACUUCGGGUACUUAUGACCAAGAAGACAUAUCUCACAAGUCUCUACCUUCUAAAUCAUACAUUCUAUUGUACUUAUUAAUAAAGCAAUUGAAAAUGAAAAUAUGUGAUUGAAAUUCGAGUACAAAAGAAUGAAAUGAUAAGAACAGACAUAGUAGUAUUUCUUUUCUUAAAAGGAAACAUUUAGAUUAUUUUGAGCCAGUCUAAAAAUGAAACAUUAAUUUUAUUUCAAAAAUGAAAUAGUGAAAAAACUAGUUCUAAAUGGGUAUAUAUAAACCAUUUAAAUUUUAUCAUUUUCAAAUAUUCAUAAAAUCAUUGUUUUGGAAAUAUUUUUGUAAUAUUAAACGACUUCAUGAGAUUCAGUUUUCGUGAGUUUAGAAGUGCCACACCUCAUCCCCUUUCAAUACGAGAUGUUACUUUUUCCAGUAUCUGAUUUUGGACUGAAAAAUCUCUUACUUCAAUCUGUUUAGACACUAUGCGAUUGAUUGGGAGGAGAUUCAGUGAUCCCUAAGUGCUGAGUGACAUGAAGUUAUGGCCUUUCAAGGUGGUUGCUAGACCACCUCGUGACAAGCCAAUGAUAGUAGUGACCUACAAUGGUUCUAACCAGGAUGAAGGAGAUUGCAGAGGCCUAUCUCAGAACAGCAAUCAAGAAUGCAGUGUUCACUGUCCCUGCUUACUUCAACCACUCCCAAGGCCAGGCUACGAAGGUUGCUGGAGUCAUUUCCGGUCUCAAUGUUAUGUCCAUCAUUGAUGAACCCUGCAACAGCUGCAAUUGCAUAUUAUUUUGACAAGAAAGCAAGCAGCUUGUGGAAGAAGAAUGUGCUUGUCUUCGAUAUUGGCGGUUGUACGUACUUGUGAUGUUUCUCUGCUCACAAUAGAAGAUGGAGUCUUUGAGGUUAAAGCCACUGCUGGUGACACUCUCCUGGGAGGUGUAGAUUUUGACUACAGCAUGUAAACCACUUUGUUCAUGAGCUUAAAAGGUGGCACAAAAAUAACAUCAGAGAAAACCACUGGGCAUUGAUGAGGCUAAGGUCAGAACGCAAGAGAAGAAUGACUUUGUCUUCCUCCUCUCAGGCUACCAAUGGAUUGGAUUCAUUGUUCCAGAGCAUUAGGUGUUACACUCAUAAGUGGAACUGUGGAAGAACAACAAGAUAUUUAAGAAAUAUAUAACUAAUAACUUUACAAGCUCAAAUGGUCUCUCAACAAGUUGCUACACCAAGAUAGAAG